UCCCCGUGGCUGGCUGAGGCGCGCGCCGGUGCCGUGCUUGGGUUUCUCGCCAUGGCGCUUCGCCUGCUGCGAGUUGCAGCUCUGCUUCUGUUUUGCUGCUGGGGGAGUGGCUCAGCAGGCGGGCAUACAAAUUGGAAGAAAUUCCUGGUCCAGAUUGAAAAAGCUCUGGAGAACUACAAACCAUGCGUGAAGGAAAACUGCAGCUGUCACCAAAAAGUUAGGGAACAGGACUUGGCUCCCUUUCGAGAGGGGAUCUCCAAGGAGUUGCUGUCAGAAGCAAUCAGUCGAAAGCUUGGGACACACUACCAGAUUAUCGGGAAGAAGUUGUACCGUGAGCAUGAUUGCAUGUUCCCUGCAAGGUGUAGUGGAAUUGAGCACUUCAUCUUAGAGAUCAUUGACCAUCUUCCAGAUAUGGAGCUAAUGGUCAAUGUGCGGGACUACCCCCAGGUGCCCAAAUGGAUAAAACCUCUUGUUCCCGUCUUUUCCUUCAGUAAGACUUCAGAAUACUAUGACAUUAUGUAUCCUGCCUGGACAUUUUGGGAAGGAGGACCAGCUGUCUGGCCCAUUUACCCAACUGGCCUAGGACGCUGGGACAUAAUGAGAGACGACCUCCAAGGUUCGGCAGAAAAAUGGUCAUGGAAGAAGAAAAUUCCCACAGCCUACUUCCGGGGAUCGAGGACAAGUCCCGAGCGAGACCCCCUUAUCCUUCUUUCUCGAGAAAAUCCAGACCUUGUUGAUGCAGAAUAUACUAAAAACCAAGCCUGGAAAUCUGAAAGAGAUACUCUUGGAAAACCAGCGGCUAAAGAAGUUCCUCUAGUGGACCAUUGCAAGUACAAAUACCUUUUUAACUUCCGAGGUGUAGCAGCCAGUUUCCGGUUUAAGCACCUCUUCCUGUGUGGCUCACUGGUUUUUCAUGUCGGGGAAGACUGGCAGGAAUUCUUCUACCCACAGCUGAAACCCUGGAUUCACUAUGUCCCAGUCAAGUCUGAUCUUUCUGAUGUGAGAGAGCUAUUGCAGUUUGUGCAAGAAAAUGAUGGCAUAGCCCAAGAAAUCGCAGAGAAGGGUCGCCAGUUUAUUGUGGAAAAUUUGCAGAUGAAGGAUAUCUCUUGCUAUUGGGAAAGACUUCUAACUGAAUAUUCCAAAGCCUUGACUUACAAAGUUAAACGGAAGAGUAACUACAGUGAGAUUUCCCCCAAGCGACUGAAAACAGAACUGUAAAAGCCAUUGUUCCAUUUUCAUCUCAGGAUCAAGUCUUGGAUGGUGUUUCAAAAGGGUAACUGAGUUAGUCUGGUGUAGCAAAGUAAAGCAGAAAUCCGUUGGUAAACUUGGUGCUGCUUGAUUUCUGUUGAGAAAGCUAGAGAACUGCAUAGUUUUGUUCAUCUGCAGCUGUUUUUCAUGCUGCCAAAUCUAUUUUUUUUAAUGUAUUAUUAUUGCAUUCUGUAUUAAUCAUACCCAGAAUUUUAUUUUUUUCAGUUUUGGGGGGUAAAAUUUUAAGUGUAUGGAGCCUACGUUCUACUGAGUUACAGUAUUGCUUUGCUUCAUGAGCUCUGUUCACGUGUUACAAUGAACACACAAAAAACCUGCAUAUAUGUUAGGGGUGUGCAUUGAGAAAGUAUCUAUUUCAGUUUGGGUUCUUGGAGUCCCAGAAUCAUCCUGUUUCACUACUGAUUUGUUUUGGUCAGCUGGUUCUGGCUCAGAACCAAACUUUUGUGUUUUUUUAUUUGUUUCAGUCCGUUGCGUGUGGGGAGACGCAAAUGCACCUAUGUCUUUUCUGGGGUGGGGUGGGGAAACAACGCUCUUGGUUUAGCCUUAACCAAAACCAGCACCAACCAUUAGUCCCCUUCCUAGUCUAAACCAUUGAUUGAACAAUCUCUCUCUCCCACACACGCACAUGCAUGCACGCACAGCCGCACACAGCAUUCCUCCCAAAUGUUUCCAAAACUGGUAGGAGGGGAUUGUUCACUGUAACUUUUGAACAUGGCUACUGUCCUUUUGAAAAGGGAACAUGUGUUUUCUGAAGAUUUGAUUGACUCACCAGUUUACUGCACAUCAAGUGGCCUACCUAUAUUGGCUAAAUGGUAAGUGAAUCAUCCCCUGACACAUCAUGGUAUAACUAUUUAGCCCUGUAUUUCUAACAACUUGUUAUUUUAAAAUACAGAAUACAGUAUUUGACAGGCCAAAAAUGGCAUUCCACAAACAAGCAGCUUGGAACAGGAGGAGCUUAUGAAGUGCAUAGGUGUAAAAGGCAUGGAUUGAAUAAGGAAAUGGGUGGGUAAAUGGGUCCAGAAUCCUUGGAACACAGAUCCAUAUAGUCUGGCAAUCUUUUUUCAACAGAGAGCGGUAAGUUGCUUCUGAGAACCUUAUAAGCAGGGCACAAACACAGAGAGAGCCUGUCUCUAAACAGGGAGGUCAUAAUAUGAUAUCAUAGUUACUAUGGUCAUGGAUUUGUCCAUUCCUUUUUAAAGCUCUGGUGGUUAACUCUGUAAGUUAAUAAGACAGUUGGAUUUGAGAUAGAAUCAUAGACUUGGAAGGGGUCUUACAGAUCAUCUAGUCCACCCCCCUGCUGAAUGCAGGAAUAUCCUAAAGCAUCCCCCACAAGUAUUCAACCAGCUGCUACUUGAAGACUGUCUAUGAGGGGGAACCCACAUCCCUAGAAGAUUUUCCUAACAUCCAGCUGGUACCAUCUGUCCUGUAGUUUAAGCCCAUUGUUUCGAGUCUAUCCUCUGUUCUAACAGAAACAGCUCCCUUCCCUCCUCUGAGUGACAGACUUAAAUACUUAAAGAGAGCAAUCAUGUCUCACCUCUUCUCCAAACCGAACAUUCUCAGAUCCCUCAGUCUUUCUUCUGUACCUGUUCCAAUUUGUCCAUAUACUUUUUGAACAGAGGCCUCCAGAACUGUAUACAAUACUCCAGGUGAGGCCUGACUUAGACCGUGGAAGCAGUUCUGUUACACCAUUCUUUUCUGCCCUGAGUUAUGUUUAAAUCACUUGAGAUAGGGCUCAGUAUUUCAUUUAGGCAUAAAGUGGAAUGAGGUGUUCCAGAUACAGUGCACGUACAUACUUUAGUUUUGUGGACCUAUAGCUUAUAUUUUAUAGUUCAGAUUUUCCCAGACUACAGAACUAAAUAAAUAGUAUAGACUUCCUUUCCUUCAAGUAAGGCUGAUGCGGGUGUGUGACAGUUGGGGAGCCCCCUGGCCCACAUAGCAUGAGAAGAGCUCAGUGCUGGAGUUACAUGAGUAGUUUCCUGCUCCUGAACAUCACUAUGAUGGAAUUGCCUUAUAGUUCUAACAGCUAAGAUACAGAGUCAAAUAAAUAGUAAGUUACUCAUCUGGCCCUUAACCAGACCAGAGCAGUGCAGACUGGUCUGUUUUCACCUCAUCCCUCUUUGUACAGUAUGGGGGAGGGGUAUGGGGGUGGGGAGGGGGAAUUUCCUGAUUCUUUUUAAUACUGCAUACUGUUUAAAACUCCAGGCCUAACAUCAGCCCGAAUAAAAGGUUUUACAGUCUUUAGGAAAAGUGUACAAAGAUGUGUGUGUCUUGACUUCAACUGUUGGAUAAUUGCAACAGCUCUGCUGUCUCCCUCGCAGGGCCGGUGCCAGAGUUUUCGGGCAGAGCUGCCAGGGGCAGCUUCAGGGCUGUUGCUGCCUGCCCGCGCCUGCGCAUACGCACACCCAGACUGCUCAGUUGCCCCAGAUCCACCCCGGCCACCAGCUGCGCCUGGCCCGCAGCUGUGUGCUAGCAGCGGCGGCAGCAGCAUGGGGCAACAUAGAGCCACACCAAACGAGACGAGGGUCACACAAGUUUUCUUGGGAAAUGUAGAAGACACCUUCCCCUCUCUACUGCUGCUCACUGCCCUCUCUGAACGUGUGUGUUUGUGUGUGGGGGUGGAGCCCCAAAGCAUUUCCCUCCGAUCUCCUGCCUGUCGCCUCACAAACCGGAAAGGAGCAGAAGAAAAGUGACCAGUUUCUUUUGGGGGAUGGGGACGGUGAGGAAUGGGAUAGAAUAAUGACAGAAGAAAGCAAAGGGGAAGGGAAAGGAGAAAGCAGGAAGGACCUAGAGAAACAGCUGCACGUCAGGGUGUGCACUUUGAAUGAGCUGCUGAAGAUGCAAAUCCUUCCAGGCACAAUCCCACCUCCCCACCCCCGAUGCGAGGAUGCCCUGGGAGAGAAGAGCAGCAGCCCACCCCAGAACAGUCUUUGGGUGCGCCUGGAAGAAGGAUUUGCAUCUUUAACAAAUCCUUUCCCUUCUUCUGUCAUUAUUCCACCCCCCCACCCCGAGUCCCCCAAAAGAAACAUAACUUUUCCUCUGCUCUUUUCCAGUUUGUGAGGUGACAGGCAGGAGAUAGGGAGGAAUGCUUGGCAUACGUGCAUCCUCCCAGCCCUCCCGCUCAGUUGCUCCACAGUGCGUGCACCCGCUCCCCGGUGCCCCGUCCAGUGCCUCUGCGCUCGAGGCAGUUGCUGGAGUGGCCAAAAUUGUGGAAACCUUUUGGAAAAAGUGUAUUUUUGAGGUUUGAUGGCUCAUAACACCACUUUUGGGGGGGAGUAAUACCAUAAAAUUAUAUAUCAAUGGAAAGAUUUAAUCAAGAAUGUAAUACAAUAACUUUUAUGAAGGAAAUUUUUUUAGAACAGUAGUUAUAAAGAAGAAAAUUGAAACACAUAGAAAAAAUGAGUUAUACAACAAUUCUCACCAUGUCAGUUAAUACUUAGUUGGGUAACCUUUUGCUUUAAUUACGGCCUUACAACGCCUUCCCAUGGAGUGAACCAAGUUUUUUAGUUCUGCAGCUGUUGUAAUGUGAAACCACAAUUGAGUUAUUGCUUCUAUUAAUUGCAGUUUAUUGCUGGGUUGCUUCUCACUAACCGGUUUCUUUAGUUGGCUCCAUAGAUUUUUGAUGGGGUUAAGGUCUGGGCUGUUCCCAGGCCAUUCCAACAGUGGAAUAUGAUUAUCUUGAAACCACUUUUUGCACACAUCAGCAACAUGACAUGGAGCUGAAUCUUGUUGAAAUAUAAAUGCUUCAUUAUCUUGGAAAAGAUCAUGUGUGGAAGGCUUCAGUUUGGGCUCAAGUAUUUCAUUUAUGUAUUUGGGAGCAUUUAUAUUGCUAUUUAUCAUGCAAAUUCUGCCCACACCUUUUGAUGUCAUACAACCCCAUAUCAUAACACUAACUGGGUGUUUCAUGGUAGGUGUAAUGCAAUCAGUAUGCAAAUCUUCUCCGACUCUUCUUCUCAUGUAUUUUAUGCCAUCACUACCAAACAGAGAGAUUUUGGUCUCAUCUCUCCAAAUAACACUGCCCCAUUGUUCCACUGUCCAGUUAACACGGGUUUUAGCCCAGUUUAAUCUUUUCAACCUUUGUUUGAGAGAGAACAAUGGUUUUUUUCAUGGAAUUCUAGCAUUAAGACCAAAUUCCUCCAGUCUGUGCCGAACAGUCCUUGCACUCAACUUCACAUUGAAUUGUGCCAUUUCGUUCUGUUAUGAUUUUCUUCUGUCACCUAGGCUCAGUCUCUCAAUUCUUCUAUCAUCCCUUGCUUGUGUGCACCUUUUCCUGCCUUUACCAGUCUGGUUUUGUAGUGACUGAGUUGCCUUAUACCUCUUCAAAAAUUUAGAAAUCAGGGUGGAUUUGAUUUAAAUCAAACUGAUUUAAAUCACGAUUUAAAUCACGAUUUAAAUCACUAGUCAGGAAGGCUUGAUUUAAAUCAUAGUUUUCUACAUAAAGACUAAUUCUUGCUGGUAUAACUUUAAUAUGCAAGUAGAUGAAGAUUUUUAGAGUAACUUUUCAUAUUAGUUUUACAGUUGUAUAAAAUAUUGAUUUUAAUACUAUUAGAAACACAUUAUAGUUAAUUUAUUGUGAGAUGAAUUAUCCCCAGUUUAGGUUAAUCAUUCAUAUUUGGACAACUUUUCUGUUGUACUUUAUUGGAAGGAGAAAAAUAAUCAUUACCUUAAUAAUAACAAUUUAGAUAGUUUUAUUUAUUCAAUUGAAACAAUAACAUUACAGCAUAUGUUAUUUGCUUAAACAAACAUCCAUGUUUGUUAACUAAUUUGGCUAAACAAAAUAUAUAUAUUUUAAGAAACUUAGACUGUCAGCCCAGCCUACACAUGA